AAUCUUUGCCAGAGCGGAUAGACCCAAAAACCCAAACCCAAACCCGUAGCCAUAGCCACUCUGAUUUGAGCUUAGGGACAACACGAGGCACCUCAGAAUUGAUCAUAUUGAACUUUCACACCUAUUUCUUGUUCGAUUUCAAUCCCUACCCUAUUACCCCACUCUUAUCGUUGCGAAUAAGAUGGAACUGUGAUUCAUAAUUGGAGAAUACACACGUCCACCAUCACAAUGCGGUGGUUUCCCUUGAGUACAACCGAAAGGGAGCGGAACAUUGAGGAAAAUAGUUGUUUUACAGUAUAUCUCAAUGUAUAUGAUCUUACUCCUAUUAACAACUAUCUCUACAUGUUGGGCCUUGGAAUCUUUCAUUCGGGAAUAGAAGUGCAUGGUAUGGAAUAUGGCUUUGGAGCACAUGAAUACGCCACUAGUGGUGUGUUUGAGGUGGAACCUAGAAGCUGCCCUGGCUUCAUCUUCAGACGAUCUGUGUUGUUGGGCAGCACUGAUAUGUCUAUCUCAGAAUUUCGUUCUUUCAUGGAGCGCCUCUCUGCAAAAUAUCAUGGAGACACUUACCAUCUGAUUGCCAAGAACUGCAACCAUUUUACGGAUGAAGUUUGCCAACAACUAACGGGAAAUCCUAUCCCUGCAUGGGUAAAUCGGAUGGCUCAUGUAGGUUCUUUCUGCAACUGUCUUCUACCAGAAAACAUCCAGGUUGAUGCAGUUAGACAUGUCCCUGAACGUCUUGCCUGUGGUGAUGAAGAUGGAUCAGAAUCUGAUGGCCUUUCUGCCUCUAUCGAGAAUGAAGAGGACGAGCCCAACAACUAUCUCUUAACUGCACCUAAUGAUGAUGUUGCCUUUCUAAAGGAAAAGCCGGUUAGACUGGCGCGGGAGCUCCUAUGAUUUUUGUUGGUUUAUCUUCUGGUUUUAAUUCUUUCUUUGUUCUCUUGGCUUGUACCAUAUCUAUGAUCUUACAUUUGAGUGUAACAAAUUUCUCAACUAGAAUAUUCAAAACAAAAUGCAUGUUUUGUAGAACAAAGACGGUAAUCUGCUGUAUAUGUCCUAUUAAGUGUCAAAAUGGACUGGCUGUCCUGUAGAGGGUAUUGGAAGUACAAACAAAAAUGUUCAGGUAUACUGUUAAAUCUGAAUGUGAUUCU